AUGAUGGUUACGCGACCCCAGCAGAAGGAGCAGCAGCAGCAGGAGCAGCAGCAGCAGAACAGGAGUAGCAACAUAAGAGCUGCAGCAGCAGGAGCCACAGCAGCGGCAAUAGAUGCAGUAGCAAAUGCAGACGCAGGAGCAGCAUCAGACGCAGCAGGAGCCACAGCAGCGGCAAUAGAUGCAGUAGCAAAUGUAGACGCAGGAGCAGCAUCAGACGCAGCAGGAGCAGCAGCAGCAGGAGCUGUAGCCUCAGCAGCAAAUACAACAGCAAUAGCAGACACAGCAGCAGUUGCAGACGCACCCAAAAGCUUUAGAUACCCGGCAGAGCAAAAAGCAUCCCAGAAGAGACCAGACAAUCCAACGAAGCCGAAACUCAGCCUCCAGGAUACAGAGAAGCCGGAACUCAGCCUCCAGGAUACAGAGAAGCCGGAACUCAGCCUCCAGGAUACAGAGAAGCCGGAACUCAGCCUCCAGGAUACAGAGAAGCCGGAACACAGCCUCCAGGAUACAGAGAAGCCGGAACUCAGCCUCCAGGAUACAGAGAAGCCGGAACUCAGCCUCCAGGAUACAGAGAAGCCGGAACUCAGCCUCCAGGAUACAGAGAAGCCGGAACUCAGCCUCUGA